AUGGCUACGAAAACAAUCUUCCAGCCCAUGCUGAAUGCAAUACCAGAUGAGCUCGUUCCCCGAUUUGACCACAUGUAUGUCGAGUAUUACAACAAGUAUAACGUUGGUCGCCUGCACACCCACCAAGUUCCAAUCGAAGAGUACCGCGCAAAUCCAUCGAAAUACACCAUACAAUAUGGACGUGCGGAAGGAGGGGAAGUCUUUCGUGUCACUGAACAGAAGUGUACUGUCAAGGAUGGCGAAAUCAAUGUUCGCAUCUUUGAACCUAGUCCUGUUGAUCAGAGCAGUUCUCUUCGCCCUGCAUAUGUGAAUUAUCAUGGUGGUGGAUGGACGUUUGGUUCACUAGCAAUGGACGAUCCAUACUGCCGACGAGUAUGCAGGGAAGUGGGUGCAGUCUGCUUUGAUAUUGAAUAUCGACUGGCCCCAGAACAUCCUUUCCCUACUCCGAUUGAAGACAGCUGGACUGCGUUGCAAUGGGUAUUUGAACAUAAAGCUGCCGAGUUCCACGUUGACCCGAACCGCAUAGCUGUGGGAGGCGUGUCCGCGGGCGGUCACCUCAGCGCCGUGAUGGCACAUUUCGCGCGAGAUGCGGGCCUUCCCCUGGCAUUUCAAAUGCUAGCAGUACCAGGAGUGGAUCUCAAUACUGUCACGACCGCGGGUGAGAUCUUGCCUUCCAACCCUUGGAAUUCAUACCGCGAGCUGGAGUUCACUGCUGCACUCCCAGUCUCACGGAUAACGUUCGUGCUCAAUCAAUUUCUUGGAAACCCUCGACAGAAAGGUGUGGAGAAUGACUGGAGGGCAUCGCCAAUCAAUGCUCCGAAUUUCAAAACCCUUGCACCAGCCUUGGUGAUAACAGCGGAGUUGUGUCCGCUUCGCGAUGAGGGAGCCGCUUAUGUGGAGAAAUUGAAAGAAAAUGGUAACCAAGUUGAGCAUAUCGUAUUUAAGGGCGCCUCGCAUCCGUUCAUGCAAUACGAUGGUAUUAUCGAUGCAGGAAGGCAGUAUAAUAUAGAAACGAUUAGGGCGUUGAAAACUGCACUCGGCGCAAAAUAG